AUGCCCAAGAACGCCCCCGCAGACGACAAGCCAACCGUCACAUUCAGCUCCGGCCGCACUCAGCAGGACGGCUUUGCCUUCUCCUCACAGCCCGACUCCCCGCCCGACCUGCGGCUUUUACACUACAACGAUGUGUACCACCUCGACCCCUCGAGUGCUGAGCCCAAGGGUGGCAUAGCCCGUUUCAUUACCGCCGUCAACCAGUAUCGGAGCGAGGACCGGUUCCGCAGCGAGCCUGAGUUGAUCACGCUCUUCUCGGGCGACGCUUUCAACCCAAGCCUCGAGAGUUCCGUCACCAAGGGUGAGCACAUGGUGCCCGUGCUCAACUCCAUCGGCACCGACUGUGCCUGUGUCGGGAACCAUGAUCUCGACUUUGGCGUCAAGCAGUUUGAGCACCUCGCCCGCAAGUGCACCUUCCCCUGGCUCCUCGCCAACGUGCUCGACCCGGCCCUCGGCGAGGACGUGCCCCUCGGUAAUGCCAAGCGCACCCACUUGCUGACCGCCUCCAACGGGCUCAAAGUUGGUCUCAUCGGCCUGGGUGAGCGCGAGUGGCUCGAGACCAUCAACUCUCUGCCGCCAAAUCUCAUCUACAAGUCCGCCACCGAGACGGCCAAGCAGCUCGUCCCCGGCCUACGCGAAGCCGGCGCCGACAUUGUCAUCUGCGUCAGCCAUCAGCGCGAGCCCAACGAUGACAAGCUCGCUCGCCAGACGGAUGGCCUCUUCGACCUCAUCCUCGGCGGCCAUGACCACUUUUACGCCCACAGCUUCAUCAACGACACACAUGUCCUCCGCAGCGGCACCGACUUUAAGCAGCUCAGCUACAUCGAGGCACGUCGCAGCAUGACGCGCCCCGGCCGCUGGGACAUUGACAUUCUCCGCCGCGACAUUGUCUCGUCCAUCCCCGAGGACGCUGAGGCCCUACGCAUGACGUCGGCGCUGACCGACAAGCUCAAGCACCAGCUGUGCAAGCCCGUCGGCUGGACGGCGGCGCCGCUCGACGCCCGCUUCAGCACCGUCCGUAUGAAGGAGAGCAACAUGGGCAACUUCGUCUGCGAUAUUAUGCGCAACUACCACCACGCCGACGCCGCCCUCAUGGCUGCCGGCACCAUCCGCGGCGACCAGAUCUACCCGCCUGGCGUGCUGCGCGUGCGCGACAUUACAAACUGUUUCCCCUUUGAGGACCCCGUUGUCGUCAUUCGUGUCACGGGCACGCAGCUGAGAGAGGCCCUCGAGAACUCGGUCUCCAUGUACCCGGCGCAGGAGGGACGGUUCCCGCAGGUGUCGAACCUCGAAUUCGAGUUUGACCCCAGCAAGGUGUCCGGCGCGCGCGUCAACUGGGUGAAGCUCGGCGGCGCGCCGCUCGACGAAGGAAAGAAAUAUGUGCUCGCGACGAGGGGUUACAUGGCGCGCGGCAAGGACGGGUACGACUCGCUGCUCGUGGAGCCCGAGGGCGGCACGGCCGAGGAGCUGAUCAGCGAGGAAAACGGCAUCCUCAUCUCGGCCAUGCUGCGGCAGUAUUUCAUGGGACUGCGGACCGUCGGGCAGUGGAAGAACCUCAGCGAGCACUGGGUCAAGGUCGCGAGCGAGUGCACCACGCCCAUCGAGACGAGGAAGAAUCCCUGGGCCACCGCGCCAGGCAACAAGCCCGAGCAAGACACGGCGCAGUCAAAGACUGGCGCGGACAGCAAGUCGUGGAGCCAGUGGAUGCGGAAGCGGCUCGGCCUCGACGCCCGGCCCGCCGAGUCGGACGAGGAAGAGGAUGACAGUGAUGAAAAGGGCGGCAAGGGCAUCCUGCAGGACGCCGACGAGCUGGCGAGCGUCGACCUCGAGCUGCUGUUGAUGCGAAAGUUCUUUGGCCGGUGGGCCAAGAGGAUUGGCGUUUUUGGAAAAGCUGUCGAUCCCCUGGUCGAGGGCGACUUUUCGGUCGACUGGACGCGGGUCAUCGCUCCUGUAUUGGAAGGGAGGAUCAAGAUGGUGGGCGCAUAG